AUGGCGUCAGGACACAAUCAAUACGGCCACGGCUACGCCGCUGCUCAAGUGAAGCAUCAUGAGUGGCGCACCGCCGAAAACAGCAGCAACCACCUUCUGCCCAAACUGCAAGCUAUUGUUAAAAACAAUCCCAAACUGAAGCUCCUGGAUGUUGGCGCUGGAUCUGGUACCAUUUCGGCAUCAUUGGCGGGAUACAUGCCCGAGGGAGAGGUUACGGUUACCGACAUAUCGGAUGAGAUCCUCGCUCGGGCAAAGGACUAUGCCCAAUCUCAAGGCGUAUCAAACAUUAAAUUUCAACGAGCCAAUGUUUUUGAGCUACCAUUUCCUGAUUCGACUUUCGAUGUCACCCACGCUCAUCAAGUUCUGUGCCAUCUGGAUACACCUGUCGAUGCGAUAAAGGAGAUGAUGAGGGUAACCAAGUCUGGAGGUACAGUUUCCCUACGCGAGAGCGAUAUGUACAUGUGGUGCAUGUGGCCUGAACUCCCGGCUCUUCUCAAGUUCCAUCAACUACAGAUCAAGACCAUUGAGGGAAAGGGAGGGCAAGGGAAAGGAGGCCGCCAACUUCUCCCAUGGGCUUUGGAAGCUGGAGCUUCCCGUCAAGACAUAACCUUGAGUUUCGGGACAUGGUGCUAUAGUACGCCUGAAGAUAAACAAGCAUGGGGAUCGGCAAUGAAAGAACGCUCUCUAUCUGGCUUUGCACGAGAGAAAGCCAUUGAGAUGGGCACCGCGACUGGAGGAGAACUGGAUGAGAUGGCCAAGGCUUGGGAGCAGUGGAUUGAGACCGAUGAUGCUUCACUGGGUCUCAUGAAUGGCGAAGCAUUAAUCACGAAGAGGUAG